CUCCCCUCCAAGCCCCUCCCGCCGCGGCUCGUCAUACCCGAAAAUGAUAUAAUCGAGAACUUCCUCAAAGGCAGCGGGCCGGGUGGGCAGAAGAUCAACAAGACCUCUUCCGCCGUGCAACUCAAGCACAUCCCAACCGGCAUAGUCAUUAAAUGUCAGGAUACGCGGUCCAGGAGUCAGAACCGGAAGGUGGCGCGCAGGUUACUCUCGGAGAAAAUAGAGGAGUUGGAGCUAGGGGAGGGCGCGCGGACGGCGGUGAAGGCGAGGGAGAAGAGCAAAAAGAAGGCCAGUGGGGACAAGAAGAGGCGGAGGAAGUAUAGAGCGUUGGCUGGGGAGAAGGGGGAGGGGAAG